GGUGUAUCACUCCGCCAGCAAAGGAAAUGCUCCUGGACCAAUCACAUUUGUGUUUACACCGUCACCUGUCAAACACACACCCUCUGCUACAUUUCUCUCUGAAAGGAGCUGAAACACACACUCACACUGAAGCGUCUUAGGUAGCGGAUAACUGGACGGACUCUCUGGCAAUCGACCCUUUUGCAGUAGAUAAGUGGAAUAAGUCUUGAACCAUGAGCUCAGUGGCUGUGUUGACCCCAGAGAGCUUUGCAGAGCACCGCAGUGGUCUUAAGGACCAGGACUUAACAGGCUGCGUCCCUGAGGAUGAGGCCUACAUCCCCACCUACCUGGAGGCCUUCCCCCCGCUGCCGGAGAAAGGUACACCGGGGGAGAAGACCGGGGAGCCGGCUUCAGCCUGGGGAAGCAAGAUCCGGCCCAUCAAAGCCUCCGUUAUCACACAGGUGUUUCAUGUGCCGCUGGAGGAGCGCCGCUACAAGGACAACAGCCAGUUCGGGGAAGGAGAGGAGGCUAAGGUGUGUCUGGACAUCAUGCAACGAACAGGAGCGCACAUCGAGCUGUCGCUGGCGAAGGACCAAGGCUUGUCCAUCAUGGUUACCGGAAAACUGGAUUCUGUCAUGAAGGCUCGCAAGGAGAUCGUGGCUCGUCUGCAGACUCAGGCAUCGGCUACGGUCGCCAUUCCUAAGGAGCACCAUCGAUUUGUCAUCGGUAAGAACGGUGAGAAGCUGCAGGAGCUGGAGCUGAAGACCGCCACCAAGAUUGCUAUUCCACGCCCCGAGGACCCAAGCACCAGCAUCCGCAUCACAGGCACCAAGGAGGGCAUCGAGAAGGCUCGCCAUGAAAUCCUGCUGAUCUCUGCUGAGCAGGACAAGCGCGCCGUAGAGCGUCUGUCUUUGGAGAAGGCAUUCCACCCCUUCAUUGCAGGCGCCCACAACCGGCUGGUGCAGGAGCUGAGCCAGGAGACGGGCGCUCGCAUCAGCAUCCCGCCGCCGAGCUUGCCAAAGGACGAGAUCGUCAUCACAGGAGAGAAGGAGGCUGUCGCCCUGGCGGUCAACCGCAUCCGAGCCAUCUAUGAGGACAAGAAGAGGAAGACCACGACUAUCUCUGUGGAAGUGAAGAAGUCUCAGCAUAAAUACAUCAUUGGUCCAAAAGGCAACACCCUGCAGGAGAUCCUGGAAGCCACUGGAGUGUCUGUGGAAAUGCCCCCGCUGGAUUCCAGCUCAGAAACCAUCAUCCUAAGAGGGGAGCCCGACAAACUGGGACCUGCACUCACCCAGGUCUAUGCUAAGGCAAAGAGUGUGAUGGUGGUGGAGGUGAGCGCCCCGGCGUGGCUACAUCGCUUCAUCAUCGGCAAAAAAGGCCAGAAUAUCGGACGGAUCACGCAGCAGCUGCCACGAGUUCACAUUGAGUUCACGGAUGGCGAGGAGCGCAUCAGUCUGGAGGGGCCGACAGAGGAGGUGGAGCAGGCUCAGAUCCAGAUCCAGGAGAUCAUCAAGGACCUGCUGGUGAGGAUGGACUAUUCUGAAAUCAUCAUAGACCAGCGCUUUCACAGACACCUGAUUGGUAAAAACGGAGCCAACAUUAAUCGGAUCAAGGAGCAGUACAAGGUUUCUGUGAGGAUCCCUCAGGACUCGGAGAGAAGCAACCUGAUCCGCAUCGAAGGGGACCCCAAAGGGGUGCAGUUGGCUCGCAGAGAACUCAUUGAGAUGGUCCAGAGGAUGGAAAAUGAGCGCACCAAAGACCUGAUUGUGGAGCAGAAAUUCCAUCGAACAAUCAUCGGGCAGAAGGGAGAGAAGAUUAAGGAAGUUCGGGACAAGUUUCCUGAAGUCAUUAUCAAUUUCCCCGACCCGUCACAGAAGAGCGACAUCGUCCAGCUGCGUGGGCCGAAGAACGAGGUGGAGAAAUGUGCCAAGUUCCUGCAGAAAAUCAUUGCAGAGCUGAUCGAGAACAGCUACUCGCUGUCGGUUCCCAUCUUCAAGCAGUUUCAUAAGAACAUCAUUGGAAAGGGCGGUGCAAACAUAAAGAAGAUCCGGGAGGAGACCAACACCAAGAUCGACCUGCCAACAGAGAACAGCAACUCUGAGAUGAUCGUCAUCACAGGAAAGAAGGUCAACUGUGAGGUGGCCCGAGAUCGAAUCCUUGCCAUCCAGAGAGAGCUAGCCAACCUCAAAGAGACAGAGGUCACCAUCCCCGCCAAGCUCCACAACUCCCUGAUUGGCUCCAAAGGCUGCCUGGUGCGCUCCAUCAUGGAAGACUGCGGCGGCGUCCACAUCCACUUCCCCUCUGAGGGCUCCGGCUCAGACAAGGUCACCAUCAGAGGCCCCGUUGGUGAAGUGGAGAAAGCCAAGAAACAGCUGCUGCAGCUGGCGGAGGAGAAGCAAGUCAACAACUUCACAGCGGAGCUGCAGGCCAAACCGGAAUACCAUAAGUUUCUGAUUGGGCGAGGCGGAGCCAACAUUCGCCGCGUGCGAGACCGGACAGGAGCACGCAUCAUUUUCCCGUCGCCCGACGACACGGAGCAGGAGCUGAUCACCAUCGUAGGAAAAGAAGAGGCUGUGCGUCAGGCCCAGAGGGAGCUGGAGACGCUGGUCAAAAACCUGGAUGACGUGGUGGAGGACAGCAUGGAAGUGGACGUUCGCCACCAUCGCCACUUUGUGUGUCGGAGAGGUCAGGUGCUGCGGGAGCUGGCCGAGGAGUACGGCGGCGUGGCUGUCAGCUUCCCUCGUACGGGAGCCAGCAGCCAGAAGGUCACCCUGAAGGGAGCCAAGGACUGCGUGGAGGCGGCCAAGAAACGCAUUCAGGAGAUCAUAGAGGACCUGGAGUCCCAGGUGAGUGUGGAGUUGGCCAUCCCUCAGCGCUACCACCGCGCCGUCAUGGGGCCUAAGGGCUGCCGCAUCCAGCACAUCACCAGAGAACACGAAGUCCAGAUCAAGUUCCCCGAGAGAGACGACAGCGCUGCAGGUCAGGAAGCUUUAGUGCAGGAGAACGGAGACGUCAGUCUGGAGACCGAGUUUGUUCCCCGCAAGUGUGACAUCAUCACCAUCUCUGGACGGGCGGAGAAGUGCGACUUGGCUAAAGCAGCUCUGCUGGCGCUGGUGCCCAUAACGGAGGACGUGGAAGUGUCUUACGAGCUUCACCGCUACAUUAUCGGCCAGAAAGGCAGCGGAAUCAGGAAGAUGAUGGAGGAGUAUGAGGUGAACAUCUGGGUGCCGCAGCCUGAGAAGCAGCUGGACGUCAUCAAGGUCACGGGCCUCGCAGCCAACGUGGAGCGGGCCAAACAGGGUCUGCUGGAGAGGGUGAAGGAUCUGCAGGCUGAGCAGGAGGACCGGGCUCUGCGGAGCUUUAAGGUCACCAUGUCCGUAGAUCCCAAGUUUCAUCCUAAGAUCAUCGGUCGCAAAGGAGCCGUCAUCUCCCAGAUCAGAAAGGACCACGACGUCAGCAUCCAGUUCCCUGAUAAAGGAGACGAGCAGCAGGAUCUGAUCGUCAUCUCGGGGUACGAGCGGAACGUGGAGGAGGCGCGUCAGGCCAUCCAGCAGCUGGUGGCCGAGCUGCAGGAGAUGGUGAGCCAGGACAUCCAUCUGGACCCGAGGACCCACGCUCGCAUCAUUGGCGCCCGGGGAAAGGCCAUCCGCAAGCUGAUGGAGGAGUUCAAGGUUGACAUUCGGUUCCCCCAGCCGGGUUCCGACCAGCCCGACAGAGUGACGGUAACGGGUCUCCCGGAGACCAUCAGCUCUGCCGUCGACCACCUGCUCAACCUGGAGGAGGAAUACAUGCUCAGCGUGACGGAGACGGAGACCUUAGCGGCUUACAUGAAGCCUCCGUCUCGCUACGGAGGGGGCGGGGGCAUAGGGAUGGACGACAGCAGCGGAGGUCCGGCUAAGGGCUUCGUGGUGCGGGACGCUCCCUGGAACGCUGCUGGGAACAAGGCUCCUGAUGUGAGCAGUGCAGAGGAUUUCCCCACAUUCGGGACAAGUGUAGCUCCAAAGCAGACGUCCGCCUGGGGUCCAAAGAAGUUCUGAAGCUUUUCAUCGAAAGACAAAUCCACAAAAAAAACUCUUGUAAAUGGGACAAAAAUCUUGAAUCAAAUUGCUGCUCACCCCCCCCCCCCCUCCCCGUCUCUUUAGCGUCCUUUUUUUUCUUCUUUUCUGCUCUCCGACAACCAGCCGCAGUGAAUUCUGGGAGAUCUCCCUCUGGUCCUUUUCUUAUCUGUCUUCUCUUGCUAUCGUCAUGGUUCUGCUCUGCCUCGUGGUCGCUCCGCCCCCUGCCGACGCUUCUGCCCCCUGAAAGUCCGUCUCUGCUGAUGAUGAGGCGGGAAGUGGAGCGGCGGGAAGUGAAACGGCGGGAAGUGAAACGGCGGGAAGUGAAACGGCGGGAAGUGAAACGGCGGGAAGUGGAGCGGCUACGUUUUCAGGAAAGUGACGGGUGUUAAACCUUUAAAAAAAAAAAAAAAAGCUGUAUGUUUUAGAGUCUGACGAGGCUUUUUUUCCAACAGCAGAUGAAGCAGAAAACAGAGGUUUGCUUUGUCACGACCCUCAUUUUUAAAGCAGCUGCUGUUUAAAGAAGAAAAAAACAACUUCUUUAAUGACUUUUAUUUAUUAAUUUAUAGUAAGGAUUUCUUUGAUUUGACCUCAGAUCUGCUGGCGUUUCCUUUGUUUUUGACUCAAAACGUUCAGUGAUGGAAGUUGUCUGGUUUAUUUAUUGACCAAAAGGAGAUGUUUCCUUUCUUUUUUUUAAAAAAAAACAACAAAAAACACAACCUACUGUGAUCAUCUGUUUUUAUAAAAGCACUCACUGUAGCUUGCAACUUUAUGUACGAGCGUGAACGGUGCGCUUCGGGCUUUUGGGGAACGUGUUCCAUCCACUGUACAAACUAUUUUUUUAAACUGUGUGGGACUUUCUUGUGUUGUUGGUUUCUGAACUGUUAUGCGAGUUAAGAAUGUGUGUGUGUGUGUGUGCUUGUUGAAGUUUAAGGUGUAUAUUUGAAUGAAGCUCAACCAAACUUUGACCUCUUUUUUCCGUCUGUGUCUCGUCCGUCAGUCGCUCUCCUUUCAGGCUAACGUUCAAACGUGCUGCUAACCUUCAUUCCACCUUAAAAAACGCUUGCAGUCAUCCUUUAAUUUCUAUGGGGUCAAACCAGGAUCAGCUUAUAAAUAAAUGGAAGACCAGAUUGUACAUUUAAAUUUGAAAGUAGGUGUUGUGAACAGGAAGGAAAAAUGGAAAAAGAAAUCUAUAAACCCAAAACUAUAACCAAAUGAAAAAUGUUUAUUUGUGAUUUUAGCAACAAUUUUUUGUUUUUUUUUCCCCCCAUUUUUUUAUUUCUCUCAUUCUUCACUUUAAGACCUCAAUUUACACAUUUAAAUUUUUAAACGGAACGACAUUUUUUGCACAGGGGGCGGGGCUUUGAGGCUAUCGUCUACCGGGACGUGAUUGACAGGUGAUAGAGGUUAUGAUGACAUCAUUUCUGCUCCCAAACAGGGGAUGACAGAGGCAGCAAAAACAAACGCUGUUCUGGAGCAAAAGUGACAUCACCAUCACCGCCGUCACCUGGUCAUGGCCCCGCCCCCACGUGAAAUUAGCCAAUUUUCUGAAUUGAAGCUGAUUCGAGAACUGAAAGCAAAGAGGAAGAAAAAUUAAAAAUGAAAACAGUAGCGGUUACAAAUGAACAUCAUUUUUCACUUGGUAACAGUUUCUGCUUUAAAGUUUUUUAAAAUUCUAGUUUCAACUUUACUUUUUUUUUUCAUCAAUAUUUAUUUCAAGUUUAAGAUUUUUUUUGUUUUUAAUUUCCUAUUUUAUUUUUCUCUUUUUUAACAUUUACUUUGAAAUGUAAGGCACUUUCAAUUUUUUUAUUUUAAAAUGAACAUUUUCAAUGUUCCCUUCGAGUUUACUUUUAUCUUCAGUCAUUUUAAAAUUUCUUUUUUUUCAAAUCUUCAAUAUUCUGUUCAAGUUUAUAAUGUGAACUUUUACAUUUAAAUGUGUUUUCAAAUUAAAUAUUGUUUUCAAAGUUACAAUUUUAUUGUUCACAUUUUCACAGGUCAGACUUUUUAAAAAGUUUUUUAUUUUUUAUCUUCAAUAUCUCUGAUAUGGAGCUCUGGCUCCAUACCUUUAAGUUUACAAUGUGUACUUUCCGAUUUAAAGCUAUUUUCUAAUUUCCUUUUUUUUUUAAAUAAUGUUUUAUCUUUCAAAUAUUCUACAUUUCUUUUAAGUUUUUAAUGUGUACGCCAGAGUUUAAAUGUUUUUUUUUUUUUUUCAAGAUUUACAAUCUGGUUUUACAAUCACUUUAAAAUGAUUCUGACACAUCAUAGAUUUCUUCCCAGUUUUCUCACUUCGUUUUGUAGCAAAAAAAACUUGAAUUUAUUGUUCUUCAAAUAAACUCCUGAACAUUU